UGUUUUGGUUGGAUGUCGCAAUUUUAUUGUUAUUUAAUUAGUUUUGUCUGCGAUGUAUAUCAAUAUUAUAUAGAUUUCAGAAUUUGGUUUGGUCUAGAAAGCAAUUAAUGUUUGUUUAUUAUAAAAAUGGAGAGUUCGAAAUUAAAAAUGGGGGUAACCUCAGCAGCUAUCGCUUUGGCAUGUGCAGGGGUUACAUAUGCAGUUUUAAAGUAUAAACACAGGGUUCGUGAUGCUGUGGAGGCGCUCAACUAUCUGACCAUCAAAACCGUGACCACUGAGAAGGCCUGCGACGAAGUUGUACAGGAGUUAAGGAAAAGGACAAAAGUCCACCAAGCAGUGGGGUGUGACUGUGAGUGGGUGACAGAACAUGGAAAGAGGCAGCCCGUGGCUUUGGUACAGCUGUCCACUUACGAUGGAAUGUGUGGACUGUUCAGACUUAGCCAGAUGAAAACUGUGCCCAAGUCUUUGAAGGAUCUACUAGAAGAUGAGACAAUAUACAAAGUCGGCGUGGCUCCUUAUGACGAUGGCAAGUACUUGUUUCUUGACUACAAUGUCUGCCUGAAGUCUACUCUAGAUGUGCGUCAUCUAGCCUCUCUCUGUGGCUACCAUGCUGGAGGCCUGGCGUCUUUAUCCAAAGCCCUACUGCAAGUUGUCUUGGAUAAAAGUUGGCGGAUACGUUGCAGCAACUGGGCAGCAGACGAGCUGACGAACAGACAGACAAAAUACGCAGCCGCUGACGCUCACGUCGCGAUUAGAAUCUUCGUUAAUCUAGUCGAAGAACAUUAUAACGGACGCCUCUUCUGGCUAUUUAGGAGAAACAGUGAUGUUUGGAGCAAUAUAAACGAUCUCUGUCUAAAAUAUGCAGAUGUCAAUUUCAAAACUAAACAGAAACCGAAGAGAAGUGAUGGAAUGAUAAAGGAAGUGAAAGAUGGGAAGAUAAAAGAAGUAAUAAGUAAGAGAUACCCGCACGCCACCAGGUCGAAGCCCUUGUACCACAACUGCUUCCUGGAAGCCCCUGACGGCGAGCAACUGUGCACUUGCGAUAACAAAAAGGCUCUCUGGUACGUAGAGAAAGGCUUAGCGGACAUAGUAUUGGAAUCUCCACUAACAGUGCGCCUGCGCUUCGAGCCUGCCGGGCGCUCGGUGGGCGACGUCGGGCGCUACUACCAGCUUCAUAAGGAGAACAAGUGCGUGGUGUGCGGCUCGGAACACUCUUAUAUCCGCAAAAACGUCGUGCCCAGAGAGUAUAGGAAGUACUUUCCUGAAAUAAUGAAAGACCACUCGUCACACGACGUAGUGUUGCUGUGCGUGGAGUGCCACCGCACCAGCAAUAUCCGUGACCAGGCGGUGCGCGAGCGCUUCGCGCAGCUGUGCGGCGCGCCGCUCGCCGCCAGCCAGAACCACAUCAAGUACACGGAGGAUGCCGAUUGCAGAAAGAUCCGUUCAGCGGCGCGCGCCCUGCUGCAAAAAUCCCGCAAGCACGUGCUUCCUGAGGAGAGGAGGAGACAGUUGGAGAACAUUCUGCUACAACACUACCCCGAGCAAGACGAGGUGACUGAGGAACUACUAGAAGAAGCCGCUAACAUACAAGUUGUUUUCGACAAUCCAGAUUACGAGUGUCACGGGCAGAAGGUUGUGGAGUAUUACUUGCAGCGCGAGGGGGGACUGCUCCAACUCGAACAGCUAUGGAGAGAACAUUUCCUAACAUCUAUGAAGCCCCGCUAUAUGCCCCAGCUGUGGUCCGUCAAACAUAACGAAGAACGAUUAAGAGUAAGAAUCAACGAGGGCCGAAUUUCUGAAGAAGAUAUCAAAUUGAUUGGUCUCUCGCGAUGGCUUUGAAGAAUUUGACUUUUUGUAUUUAAGAGAUGCUAUUUUAUUUACAAUAAAGCGGUUAUAUUUUA